GCUGUUUUUGAUGCUGUUCCUGCUGAUUCCCGCUGUCAUGCUGAUCGUGUGGCUGCUGGUGGGCCUCGCGACCUCUCCCGUGCCUUACCCGCUGGAGAACAUCGACGUGGAGGCCGACGACCUGUCCCUGCUGGUGGAGGAGCCGUCCUACGCCCUUGUGGAGGAGUUCCUCGAGGCGUCCAAGGACAGCGAGAUCACGCGACUGCAGUUGGCGAGCGCCAUGGAGGAAGCGUCGAAGGACAUCCAACAGAUCGUGGCCAGCGUUUCGGACGAGGCGGACUCUGCGUCCCUCAACAUUGACGUCGAGGAGGAAGUGCACCUCCUCAAGGAUAUCAUGAGCAUCCUUUCCGACACGUCCAUUCAAAACAAUGCGGAUGGCAGUUAUGGCGACGACGACGAAGUCAGCGAUGGCAACAGCGAGGAUGAGGCAAGCGAUAUCAUUAAAACGGACGAAUCGAUUAAGGGCACGCUGGGGGAGCAUGACCCACACCGGCCGGUGGAUGCCAGCGACGGCGUGGCCAUCCACCCUUCCCAGAUGAAGCCCAUUAUGCUGCAGUUUCUCUACGUCAAUAUCCUUCGCUGUCGCAGUCGUGGAGACAUCGUGCUCGCCGAGUACAUCCGCAUGUACCGCCUCCUGAACGCCUUCCUGAGUAACUUCGGGAGCUUCGCCGCCGUUCAGACGCAGAUGCUGGAAGAUCGCAUAAGAAAUCUGGAGAUUCGCCACCAAGGCGUAAAUCGGCAGGAAUAUCAAACCCUUUCUGGCAUGAUCCGCUUUGAGGACGCAGCCGGCACUGUCGGGGAUAUUGAUCCGGUCUCCGGCACGAUUAUAUUCACGUGUCUGCAGCGCCACCUUCAGUAUCUGUCCCUCGCCUUGCAUGCGAUUAUUCCCCUGCCAGGAGACGAGCCUCUCCUGCACCCUUUCGAGUCGGCCUACAGGACCAUCCUGGCCAGCCACCACAGCUGGUUCGUGGAGAAGUUCUACCUGGUGGGUCUGGCCAUGCUGCCCUCCAAGAAGCAGGCCGUGGCCCACCUGAAGGUGAGUCAGGGCGAGGACGUUAGCAUGGACGACCUGAUGGCGAGCCUUCGGCUAAUCGUGCGAGAGCUGGACGAGCUCACGGAGGCGACGGAGGUGAUCCUCGAGACGAGCGGCGUCCUCGGGAGGAUUCCCACUCAGGUUGUCACGUGAGGGGUUUAAAACCUAAAUUAUACCGAUUUUUUAUUUGUUAUUUGGAUGGAAGAAAAAUGCAUAUUUGUAAAUAAAACAUUUAAUUGAUUGUAAAA